AUGCCCACAGCAGUUGCAGAUCCCCGGCCGCCGCCAGAAAUUAUCGACCUCCUGAGCAGCGAUGACGAAGAAGGAGACUCCCCUGAACGCCCAGCGCCUCCCAAAAGAGCGCGACGUGACCAUCAACCUGAUGAUGACUACAUGGGCCGACUGCGCGAUCAGGACCAGCAAGCAGCUCCAGGAGCCGACUUCCACGAUUUCCACGGCUUUGACAUGCUCGGGCCUCUCGAUCCAUACGAUGAUGACCAACAAUUGGCGCUGGGCGAGCCAAUGCCCGCUGGCCAAUUUGUGGAUGUCGAUGGUGAACAGAUCUUCAUCCCGGAUGACAUCCCAGCACCGCCCCGAAAAGCGCAGCAAGAACGCGCACGCCCUGCCAAAACACCUACUCCCGACCCGGAUGCCUCAGAAUUCACCUUGGACUUCUGUCUAUCGCGUGUUUUGAUCGUAUUGCCUGAUGUUGACCAUGAGCAUGUGGCAAAGCUCCACAAAGAAGCGAACGAAGAAGUGACGGCUAUGAACCGUACGACCAGCUUGAAGCUCGCAGAUGUAAUGGAAAAAUUGCUGUCGUCGGACUACCCAAGACAGGUGAAGGAGCCAGCACGGAAGAAGAGGCGCCGAGAAGACGAAGUCGAAGAGCAGUCCAAGGUCUGGGAGGGCCCGGGACGAGAAGUCGCACCGCACCAGAUCAGAGGCACAAUUGCCUCCAUGCUCAAGGCCGAGUUUCCUGAGAUCUCGAAGCAGCAGAUUGCGUCAGAAGUCGCGCGUCACAAGCACUUCUAUCAGACUUAUAUUGCACUCGCCAACCUCAAAGAUACCGGCAAUGGCGGCAAAAAGUUCCGAGGUCGCGCAUCUGCUCUCGACAUGGCCACUGCUGACACGAUAGCAACGAAUAGCGGCUGGGCACCGAUGAUUGAUGAGCUGAAAGCGGCGCGCGACCGGGUUAAGGAGAUCCGUAGGCGGCGAGUGAUUGACGAAGCUCACCGAAAGGCAGAGCAGGACAAUCUUCAGCGAGCAAUCGACAACAACGAGACCAGCGAGUGUCAAGUCUGCUUCGACGAGCUGCCGAUGAACCGACAGAUCCACUGCGAUGGCGCUGUUGCACACUUUACCUGCUUCGACUGCGCCGAGCUUUACGUCAAGACUGAAGUGGGAGAUGCGCGCUGCAGAGUGGUGUGUACGGCUGGGUGUGGCGCUCCCUUCCCUCGCUCUCAACUUCAUCUGCUCUCCGAUAAGGACCUCCUCAAUAAGCUUGAGAAGCUCCAGCAGGAGAAAGAUAUCCGCGACGCUGGCCUCGAGGGACUGGAGGAAUGCCCAUUCUGCAUCGAUUUCAAGAUCAUCUUGGGACCAGUCGAGGAAGACAGCGAGCUCCGAUGCGGUAACCCGGAGUGUGAGAAGGUGAGCUGCCGUCGCUGCAAGGCCGCUUCUCACGUCCCUCUCUCCUGCGAAGAACACGCCAAAGACAACAAGAUCAGUUUCAGACACAGGGUAGAGGAGAAGAUGUCGGAAGCUCUCAUCAGGUCAUGCAAUAAGUGCAACAAGAAGUUCAUCAAGCUGGAUGGAUGUAACAAGAUGACCUGCCCAUCCUGCGGCAACCUCCAGUGCUAUGUGUGCUCGACCUCAAUCACCUGCUAUUCCCACUUCAACCACAUGCCCGGCGUGGCAGUAGACCCUCAAAAUCCGUCGACCAAGUGUCCACUCUACGACAACUCCGAAGAGCGACACGAGCGUGAGGUUGAAGCGGCUGAAGCAGCGGCUCGAGCGGAGGUCAUGGAAGAGCAGCCUGACAUCACCCAGGAGGACCUCGAUAUCAAGGUUUCGGAUGCGGUCAAGAAGUCUGCCCAGGACCGCGUGAGGCGAGCUCUACCCCCACCAGGUUUCGAUGGUCCAGGUCCGUUGGAUAUGCAUGCCCUUCUCCCACGAAUCAGAGAUGACCGAGCUGACAUGAACGAGAUUGAUGAUCUGGUGCGCAUGGGUUAUAAUCGUAGGCGAAGGCAUCCUGAAGCAUUUCAUCGUCACAUCAUACGAGGUAAUGGCGAAGGUGCAAUUGCGCGUCGUCUGGAAGCUCUGGACGCUGCGCGCAUCCGUCAGGCAAGGAUGCGGGCAGAGUGGUGGCGAGCGGUAGACGAGGAAAUGCCACAAGAUAUUGCGCGGCCUUUGGGCGUAAGACUCGCAGAAGUAGCGGGACAGCACAAUGCGAGAGCACAUCUUAGGCGAGAUGAACGACUCGCCGCCCAUCGCCGUCUAGCGCUACUGGGCGAGCAGCAGCAGCAAGAUUUAUUGCAUCUGGGUGGAGCAGACUUUGCAAGGCAAUUCAAUGGCGAGCAAGCUCAGGAAGAGAACAGAAUAGGUGGACAUGAGGCACCCGUGGGAGCAGAUGCUGAUCGUCUUGCGGACUUUCCACGCUUAUUACGCUGGUAUGAACCUCCGGCUCCUCUUGCAGCAGUCGACGCACGAGCUGCUCUCGAUGAGAACGCGGAUGCCGCUGCGGCAGACCGUCCCCCAAUUCGGCCUCGAAUACACUACGAACGACCACCUGCCGCUCCUUUAGCGGAUGGUCGCCAACAUCUUCCAAACCCCAACAUCGGUGGCGCCGCAGCAGACUUCCCAGUUGAACCGGCAUUUUACGAUGGAGCUUACGACCUGGAUCUACCGAUAUACCCACCUUUGGGUCAACACUAUGGACGCCAGGGUGGCGGCCGUCUUGCCGUCCAUCCUGCAGAGCCCAUUAUCCCUGCAGCUCCUCAAGCGCUUGGCCAGCAAGCUGUCGACAAUCGAGGCACCUUCGAUGACUUCCCAGCAUUGCCUCGCGAUUUCGGCGCCCGCAAUCAUCUUCAUCGUCCUGCCGCCGAUGCCCAGCCUGCUGCAGAGCAGGACUUCGGGCCUGAUCCACUUGAACUUCCGCCUCUUUUUGGCGGUCGUCUCCCUAUGGAGUGGUGGCCACCUGGAGCGGCGAGGGUUGGUAAUGACCGCGCUGGAGACGGUGUGAAUGUGGAGGACGAUCUGGACCGACUUCUGGAGAACAUGAGACGGGCUGGCUAG